AUGGCUGAUCCAAAUUCCAAAGCCAUCGUGGCUGCUGAAGAGCGCGCCGCAAAGCAAAGAUUCUCUGAAGCUGAAAAGAUUUACGGUCGUGGUAAAGCUGCCUCAUCGAAGAAUGUUCGCGACAAGAAGCUUCGGGCUACGCUGAAGACGCAGGAGGAGAAGCAAAAACAGGCAAUUCUUCGUGCUAAGGAUGCUGAGAUUUUGCUCGAGCAUCAGGCUGGUUUUCUUGAGCCGGAGGCGGAACUUGAAAGGACGUAUAAAGUGCGACAGGACGAGAUUAAGGAUAGUGUUGGAAUUGAGGCUGCGAAGAAAGGCUUUGAGCUCCGGCUUAAUGACUUUGGUCCCUAUCGUGCGGAUUAUACUCGGAAUGGUCGCGAUCUUCUGUUGGCUGGACGCAAAGGUCAUGUUGCGACUAUGGACUGGCGUGAUGGCAAGUUGGGCUGUGAGCUUCAGCUGAACGAGACGGUUCGGGAUGCGCGCUGGCUGCACAAUAAUCAGUAUUUUGCGGUUGCGCAGAAGAAACAUGUUUAUAUCUAUGAUCACCAAGGCGUUGAGUUGCAUUGCUUGAGCAAGCACCUGGAGCCUCUCUUCCUCGAAUUCUUACCUUAUCAUUUCCUCCUUGCUAGUGCUGCUAUGAGCGGCUACCUCAAAUACACCGAUACUUCGACAGGUCAAAUGGUUGCAGAAUUACCCACUCGUCUCGGACGCCCAACCGCCCUCUGCCAGAACCCGUCCAACGCUAUUCUCCAUACUGGACACCAGAACGGAGCCGUUACUCUAUGGUCGCCAAACUCUCAAACCAACCUUGUCAAGGCUCAGGUGCACAAUGGGCCUGUUCGCUCUCUUGCAAUUGACCGCCUAGGUCGCUACAUGGUCUCGACAGGACAAGAUCAAAAAAUGAACGUCUGGGAUAUCCGUAUGUUCAAAGAGGUGCACUCAUACUCCACUUACCAGCCCGGAGCAUCAGUGGCAAUCAGUGACCGUGGCCUUACGGCAGUUGGCUGGGGUACACAAGUUAGCGUCUGGCGUGGUCUUUUCGAUGCCGCACAGGCAGACCAAGGCAAGGUACAAAGCCCCUACAUGGCUUGGGGUGGUGACGGACAACGCAUCGAAAAUAUGCGCUGGUGUCCCUAUGAAGAUUUGCUCGGUGUCACUCACGACCAAGGCUUUGCUAGUUUGAUCGUACCUGGUGCUGGUGAACCUAACUUCGAUUCAUUGGAGGCCAACCCAUACGAGAACACCCAGCAACGUCAAGAGGCGGAGGUGCACUCGCUGCUCACUAAGUUGCAGCCUGAUAUGAUCUCGCUCGAUCCCAAUGUUAUUGGCCGUCUUGAUACUAUUAAAGACCAGAAGAUUCGGGAUGAGAAGGAUCUCGAUCGUCGUCCUGAAGAAGAACAGAUGGAUAAGAUCAAGAAUCGUGGUCGUGGUCGCAAUAGUGCUUUGCGGAAGUAUCUGCGUAAGAAGGGCAAGGGCAACGUUAUUGAUGAGAAGAGACUCAAGGCCGAGGCUAUGCGGAAGGAACAUGCUGAUCGUCGUAAGGAUCAGCUGAAGAGGGAACGUGAUGAUCUUGGUCCUGCUUUGGGUCGCUUUGCGAAGAAGGAGACUUGA